AUGUCAUCUAAUAAUCUUUCUUCAAAUCCUCAUCGUAAUCUCAUCACUUCUUUCCAUUUCUAUAAAAAUCUCUCAUAUUUUGAAGAACUGAACCAAACUUAACUAACAUAAACAUGGCUGAAGUAGUGAGGAACAAGAGGGUUGUUCUGAGGAACUAUGUCACUGGUUUCCCCAAAGAAUCAGACAUGGAAAUUGUGGAAGGAACCAUAACUUUGAAGGUUCCAGAAGGUUCCAAGGAGGUGCUGCUCAAGAACCUCUACUUGUCAUGUGAUCCUUUCAUGAGGAAUCUCAUGAACAAGCCCCAAGGCACUGAGACCAGCAGUGGCCUUAACUAUACUUCUGGAUCUGCAAUAGGUGGGUUUGGUGUGUCCAAGGUGAUAGAUUCUGGAAGCCCAGAUUAUAAGUAUGGGGAUUUAGUAUGGGGGCUUACUAAAUGGGAGGAGUACAGCUUGGUCCCUUCAUCUCAAAUAAUCUCCAAAAUUCAGCACACUGAUGGUGUUCCACUUUCUUACUAUACUGGAAUUCUUGGCAUGCCAGGAGUGACUGCUUAUGCAGGUCUCUUUGAAGUAGGCUCUCUCCAAAAAGGGGAGAGAGUUUUCGUUUCGGCUGCUUCCGGCGCAGUCGGCCAACUUGUCGGACAAUUCGCUAAACUUACAGAUUGUUAUGUUGUGGGAAGUGCUGGAAGUAAAGACAAGGUGGAUCUGUUAAAGAAUAAAUUUGGAUUUGAUGAAGGUUUUAACUAUAAAGAAGAGCCUGACCUCAAUGCAGCUUUGAAGAGGUAUUUUCCGGAAGGCAUUGAUGUUUACUUUGAGAAUGUGGGAGGAAAGACGCUUGAUGCCGUGCUCCUCAACAUGAGAGUCCAGGGUCGCAUACCGGCUUGUGGAAUGAUAUCGCAGUAUAAUCUAACUCAACCGGAAGGUGUAACGAAUUUGGCUAACAUUGUAUAUAAGAAGAUUCGUAUGCAGGGUUUUCAUUUCUUCGAUUAUGUUAACCUGUAUCCAAAAUUCUUGGAGUUUGUCCUCUCUCAUCUCAAAGAAGGGAAGAUUGUUUAUGUGGAAGACAUAGCUGAAGGUCUUGAGAACGGCCCUGCAGCCUUGGUUGGCCUUUUUAGCGGUCGCAAUUUCGGAAAACAAGUGCUUCUUGUUGCUCCUGAAUAAAAACAUAUGCUUAACACACAUGGUUUAAAUAUAAAUGCUUUAAAGACAUAGAUGCUUGUUUUUAAGUAUUUUUCUCUUUUUGGUGGAUGAUGGAGUGUAACAAAAUGUGUAUUGCAUUUGCACUCAUCCUCCUCAGCUAUGUAGUAAUGUACUGUGAAUUGUGUGGACUACUGUACAACCGUAGUAAUAAUGUAUAUACAAAGGGGAUCCUCCCAUAAAGACACAAAAAAUGUCUUUUUUUUUU